GAAUGGCAAGCUGACCGCUAGGUCGCAGCAUUGUUGGCGGUUUUUUUAUUUUUUACUGAUAACCGGUAAUAUAGAGACCCUGCGCUGUAUGGUGUGUAUACACUUUAAGAAAUGACAGUAUUUGUCAUCGUUUGGUGAUUCUUGGGUGGGUCACUAAGAAGUUGCACUGAUUAAAGUACAGUACUUCCAGCUAAACGCCAUAUCAAAAUAAUAUGGCUGGUCGCACUUUGCCUCCAAACCGCUCCCGUACUUCACUUGAUCAGGAAAGAGAAAAUUUUGAAAAAACCCAAACAUUGGCUAUCUGUAAGGCGGUGAAUGAAUCUGAGGUACCUGUUAAAUCCAAGCAUGUUCGCAGUGCUAUUAUUGGUACCUUUCAAGGUAAAGGGAGCAAGGUCUUUUGGUCUGUUAUCCUGAGGUUACCAAUACAUUCAAAUCCAAUUAUUGCAUGGAAAUUUUGCCAUACUUUACAUAAGAUUUUGCGAGAGGGGCAUCCAAAUGUUUUGAAAGAUUCCCAACAACACAGAGAUUUUUUAGUAGACAAGGGGAAGUUAUGGGGACAUUUUAAAGAAGGAUAUGGAAAGUUGAUAUAUUUGUACUGUCGCCUACUUGUGGUCAAGCUUGAUUUCCACAGAAGGAAUCCAAAAUUUCCUGGCAAUCUGAUGUUAAAAGAUGAAGAAAUUGAUUUGGUCUGUGAACAAGACAUUAACUUGUAUUUUCAGUUGUCUGUUGAGCUACUGGAUUAUAUGGAUGAAAUUCUUUCUCUCCAAACAGCUGUGUUUGGUUCUUUGGAUAUGUCACGAUCUAAUUCUAUGACGAAUGCCGGGCAAUGCCGUCUAGCUCCUCUCAUUCCUUGCAUUCAAGAUUCUUCCCAAGUUUACGAUUUCAUCGUGAAGCUUCUUUUUAAACUGCACAAUUGUCUUCCUCCCGACACGUUGGAAGGUCACCGUCUCCGAUUUCAAAAACAAUUUAAGGCUUUGCGGCAGUUUUAUUUACAAUCCAGCACUCUCCAAUAUUUCAAAUCACUUAUCCAGGUGCCUAACUUGGAUGAGAACCCACCGAACUUUUUGAUAUCCAGUGAGCUAAGUCGUCACGUCACACCAGUUGUUAUAUUACCUAACGAAACCUUUCAGCCAUCGCAUGUCGAUGAAACACUAGUUCAACUGGAAUCUGAUCUACCAGAAAGAAACGACUGUUCUCCUGAUUUAUUGCUUGAAAGAGAUCGGUAUAUAGAACAUCUUUUACAUCAACUGGAACAAUUAUCGGCAGAACUGAGGAAGGUUCGUGCCGACUAUAAUCAGGAGACUGGGCUUCUACGGCAAGAGUUACUUAAUUUGGAAAUUCGGUUAGCUGAAAAAGAAAACGAAAUCGAAGAGGCUAUGAAAGAUAAAAAAACUAUUGAACGAAAAUUGAGCGAGGCAGCAAAAUCGGCGCAGAUGGGAUCCGUCGUCCAAUUACAGUUAGACGAGACGGAAAAACGAGCUAAAGGAUGGGAAGACAAGUUUGUGAAACUGAAAGAAGUUUAUCAAAAUCUGCGCGAUGAGCACAUUAAACUUCUACGUCAUAAGGCUGAAAUAGACAAAAAAUUUUCAGUCACCAACAUGGCGCUUGAGCAAAGCCAAAAAAUACAGUGCGAACUUCAAGAUUCACUUCAGUUGUCGAAGGCUAGUAUCAAGGAAACAGAAAACGAGCUUAAUGUGUUGAAAACGAUGGAUGCUGCAAAGAUCCAACAACUUGAUAAUGAAAAAGUAGCGCUUCAAGAGAUCAACAGCCAAUUAAAUACGUCGCUGUCAACCGCUAAGCAAAAAAUUGCAGAGGCCGAAAAUUUGCUUUCAGAAUUUCGGGAACAAAAUAAUAAGCUCGUAACUGAGGUACAACAACUGAAUGCUAUGGUAGAGUUGACGACCAAGGAACGGGAGGAAAUAGAGGAAAAUUUUGAACAGCUGAAGGUAAGGGCAGUGAAUAUUGACGUUGAGUUUUCAGCAUUCAGAACUUCUCAAGAUGCCAGAAUUCUUCAGCUUAUGAAAGAAAAUGAAGAAUUAUCUGCGGAUAAAAUUAAUUGGCAGGAAAAAUCUGAGAAUCUUGAAAAAUGCAACCACGUGGUGAAUAAACAAAUUAAUGAUGUCCAAGAAGAAAAGCAAGUUUUAGCAUUGUUGACUGUUGAGCUGAAGAAGGAAUUGGAGCUUAGGAACAAGACAUCAAUUGAUUUAAAAGAAGCAUUGAACCAAUCAAUCCAAAGUAGCGAGAAAAUGGAGCAAGAGUACAGUAAUUAUAAAAUCACCAAAGAAGCUGUCAUACUUGAAGUUACUGCUGAAAAAGAGAAGUUGAAAACGUGUGCCACCGACAUGAAAGAAAGCGUUUCCAAGUUGGAACACCACGUGCAAAAUUUAGAAAGUGAAAAAGCCCAAUUGCAGGAGGAAAACCAGAAAUUAUUAAAUCAGAAAGAUUUGUUAACCGCUCAUUACAAAUCGGCGCUUCAUACUAGCAAACUGGAAUCCAUCAAUUUAUUUCAUCAGCUAUUGAUAAAUUGCUGCCUAAAGGCCGAGCAAUAUUUGGACAAAUGUGUUACGGACUUAUCGAAACCUCCCGUUUUUGCUUUAAACAUUCAAGAUCAUGGCGGAUUUACCAUGGCCGGAGCAAAAUCUUUAUUGGAAACAUUGUCGCAGUCUUUGCGUUCUUAUUGUUCAAGCAACAAAAGUGAAGAAAAAGCAUGCCUCACAAUUCCUCUGAUAUUCCCUUUCGUCCAGUCCGUUGACUGCAUGCUUCUUCAUGGACAGCAGCUAGCUCAUAGUCUAUCAGAUAUCGACAAAGUUGAUAAUUUACUUAAAAAGUGUGUCGCCGCAGGAAAAGUAGCGGUACUCUUCUUUGGAGUCCUACAACAACCCUUUGAAAUUGAGGAAAUCAACUUGAAUUCAAACAAGGUCAGAGAUGCGUUGCGAGAUCUCGAGAAAGAAAUGGAGUUCGUAACGGAAUCAUCGAAGAACAGUGCCGAGCAAGGAAACGUUGGCGAAGAACUGGAAACCGAAUUAGGAGCUAUGGAACGUGCUAUAGAAGAGGCAGCUGCGCGAAUCGCUAAACUUUGGGAUAAUUCUAAACAAUCUCAUACCGGAGUAAAGUUAGAAGUGAAUGAAAAGGUUCUAGAUUCGUGUACCGCUUUAAUGAAGGCAAUUGUCGAAUUGAUCCGAAAUGCCAAAGUGCUGCAAGAAGAAAUAGUGGCACGUGGCAAAGGAUCUGCAUCUGCACGAGAUUUUUACAAACGAAAUCAUCGUUGGACGGAAGGUCUGCUGUCCGCAGCGAAGGCCGUCGGCUUUGGAGCAAAACUAUUAACAGACGCAGCAGACAAUGUGGUUAAAGGCCAAGCUAAAUUUGAGCAGUUAACGGUGGCAUCUCAAGAAAUAGCCGCAUCAACAGCUCAGCUCGUAUUUGCUAGUCGUGUCAAAGCAGAACUCCAAAGUAAAAAUCUUCAAAUGUUGACUGAAUCAUCUAAGGCUGUUUCGCUUGCCACCGGUGGAGUUGUUGCAACAGCCAAACAUUGUGCACAACUUGUUGAGGAGUCAACGGUAUUGGACUUCGCACAUUUAACUUUACAUCAAGCGAAACGAUUGGAAAUGGAGUCGCAAGUUAAAGUGUUAGAAUUCGAGUCUUCACUGGAAAAAGAACGUCUUCGAUUAUCGGCUCUACGAAAACAGCAUUACCAACUUGCUGGGGACUCUGAGUCGUAAAAAAUGAAUGAUGGAAAUUUAAUAGUGGCAUUUUAAAAAACACAAAGAAAGCACACAUUUUAAAUACUUCUAUUAAUUAAGUCGAAACCAUCAUUCUAAUUUUCCUGUUUAAACACGAAUUUUUUCCAUUUAAUCUUUAUAUAGGUAAGAAAUAAUAAUAAUCAAUUCACAUGUUAACUACAUUUUGAAAAGAUUUAAAGGUCGUUCUACUGCAAAAAAAAAAAAAUAUUGUGCCAAGAUUCCGGAAUGUUAGUAAUGAUAUGAAUUACCAGUUGUAUUAUUCUGCCUUUUCAAGUAUCAUUCGAAAUACACAUUUUUAAUUGCUA